ACGAAGUCAAGAACGUUUUAACGGUAAUGUAACAGGAUUGGUCGGCAUAAAUUAAAGAAAAAAAUAUAAUACACGAUUUAUUUAUUACAAAGUAUAGUAUAAUUUAUAUAUAGAGAGUACCAACGGAUAUUUUACAAUUGAAAUGAAAAUCAAUUUCGGUUACAACGUUGUCAUUCUAUUUAUUUAAAGAAUUCUAUUUAACGAACAAACGCGUGAACGUUCGAGGGUUGUUCAGCGGGACAACAACAAAUUGACAAAGAAAAGUAUCGCGCAGAAGAUAAAUACGUUAAUGGGCGAGCGCUAAAUAUCAACAGUGUAUCGAUAUAAUAAUAAAAGAUGCGAGAAGUGAAUAUAAUCUGUCUCCGUCAUAUUAGGUGCAUGAAAUUCGCUCGUGGAAACGUUUCAAAUCGGACGGAAGUAGAAUCGAUACUCCAGAAUUCGAUAGUGGCGAAAGUAUGGCCGAAAGCGGAUUUUCAUUUCUGCUAAAGACAAAACAGCAAACAACACAGUGAAACAAUUAUUAUGACCGAGUUAAAAGUACUUUACUGCUUCCUCUUGUUAACGUUUUUCGAGCUGACGUCACAAAUUCGACCGUCCUUACAUGGACACAAUAAUGCUUUUGUACAAGAUGACAAUGAUGUUCAAUAUCUUUUGGACAACAUACCUAUGUCUGUACAUAAGGAUUUUACCAAUACAGUACAUGGGGCUGGGGACACCCCAUCAGAUGAAGAUAAAACACAAGAUGUAUUAUCUCAUGUUUAUUUUGAACCAUAUGUUCUGGACUUCAAAGAAAGACAACUUGGUAUACCCCACCAAGAAACUGUGAUCCUGUUUAAUAAAGAUCAUAAUAAAACAAUCCAUCUUUUAUCAAUUUCUGGAAAUACACGGCAUUUCCAUUCAUCAUUCUUUCGAAAUAAAGUAAUACCACCACUUGGGAACACAACAUUCGAUGUUGUUUUUCUUGGUCGAGAAGUAGGUGAUAUUGAUACACAUCUUUUUAUACAUACUACAGAUGGAACUGUGAAGUACCAGGUAAAAGGAAUAAGUGUCAGUAGUCCAUAUCGACUCAGAUCUGUAUUGGGUGUUAAAUUACCUUUAAAUGCAACAUUUACUCCACUUAUAUAUAUGCACAAUCCACAUGCAGAAGCUUUACAAGUUCUAGAAGUAUAUAGUAGUGGUGGAGAAUUUCAACUAGAAUUGCCAUCAGAAGAAGCAGAAGGUUCGCGUGAACUAUGGGAAAUCCCACCAUAUCAAACAAAGCCUAUCAUAAGACUACAUUUUUAUGCUUAUACAGAAAAAAAUCAUACCACGUAUAUUAGGCUAAAAGUAAAUAAUACUUCGGAAGUGCUUGUCGCGACAGUCGAAGUUGAAGUAAAAAAUGGGGCUGGUCUUCAUUGGGGCGGAAACUCUGGGGUAAUUAACUUAGGUAUGGGUGGUUCGUUGCAACCUCCCAUACAGUACCCCAUUGCUUUGAAGAACUCAGCGAAGAAACCAAUAAAAAUCAUGAACAUAAUUAGUACGCCGGUAUCUAAAGCAUUAAAACUUCACUUUGAGCAAGCGGUAAUCCCAGGAGAUACAGAUAUACCGAUUGCGAUUGGAGCACUAAUUUAUGACUGGAAGACUGGUUUAGAGUUACAACAUUUUAAAGGGAAACUAGUGAUUAAAGCAAUAGGCCCCGGUGGUUCCAAUCAGAAAUUAACAAUACCAUGGAAAGCACAAGUUCUACAGGGUGGACUAGAAGUAAACGCAUCAAUAACACAUUACUGUUCCCUUCAGUCCAAUCAAGCGCGAAAUUUUAGCGUCGUUAAUAAAUUUAAAUUGCCAUUAGCCAUCACGAACCUCACAAUGUCGUCGCACGUCAAGUCACUUUUCACGAUAAAAAAUUUUAUUCCGAGAGUGCUGAAGCCAGAACAGAAGGUUAACAUUUUUUCACUACAACUUGCCAAAGAUAGGAAAACUGACAACGUGAAAAUGGAGUCCUCGAUUUUAAUUCAUUCGAAUGUCUCCGUAACGGAAGUCCCGUUGCUCAGUUACGACGGUAAAGUGAGGAAAAUUGUCCCCGACGAAAGGGAAACCGACGAGGGCACAAUGAAUUUUGGCACAGUGAGCAGUGGAACCGAAAGCGAGGCUAUUUUUGCCCUGGAAAAUCAGAAUCCAAUUAAUAUCGAUUUACAUGGAUGGGGAGUGAACAUGCCUGGCGCGGUAUUAGAGCUCAUGGGAUGUCACAAAGGCCCAGCAGAUUUUCUGGACAAGGAACUUCGCAAUAUAACUGUGUGCAGUCACACUGGCAAUCAAUAUAUAAAACCUGGUUACCUAGCCAUCUUUAAGAUUAAAGUGAAGACUCCAGUGGUCGAAGAGGACACUAUCGUUGGUGACGUGUUCGUCAGGACGACAUACGAGAGAUUCAUUUUACCAGUUUACAUGAGGGUGGCAUACGGAAGACUUUCAUUAAAGAAACUUAUUUUCACCGAUUGUUUUCCUGGUUCUAUUUGCGUGCAACAAGUAAAAGUACAUUCAUCGUUUGUGAGACCCAUGCAAGUGACUCGAAUCGCACCUGUUUACAAAGAUAAUAGGAUAAAGUAUAUUCCGUUAGAGGAAGCAUCGAUGCCAAUUAUAACAAAAGGUGAAAAUUACGUUGGGUCAGUUAAAAUCGAACAAUCGGUGACCUGCAAGCAUCACUGUUAUCUAGGAUUGUCAUUAGACAGCAAUGCUGGCAGACAGUGGCUAAAUACGUUAGCCCUUCCUUCGCACACGAGAGAUUCCGAUUUAAAUUUGUUGAACACAAGAUACACGCGUUUUCUGAAUUCAACCGGUGGUCGUUCUUGGGAGAAUAUAACGAUGCGUUUAGACACCACCGAAGUUCGCGGGCACAAAUUUUACUUGAACAUAAAACCGUAUUGGCCCAGUCUAUUGACUGGUUUCGGUAACAAUAAAAAUAAAGUCGUUGUGGUAUUCCCUUUAACGCAAGUUGGGAAUACGUCUUACAGAUCGAUUAAAUUGUAUAAUCCCGGCACCAGUCCGUUAAUAGUGCAGUUGGUAAUGGAUUGGAAUUAUCCGCAAGGAACAAGGCUUUAUCAUUCAUUACCAGCUAAAUUUAAGUUCGCGUGCGUAGAAUGUGGGUCCACAGUUGCGGAGGAGUUUAAGUUAGACGAGAAUAUAGAGGAUAGAGAACAGUUUGAAAAAGAAUGGGACGUUUCAGUAGCGCCGCAGUCGAUUCCUUUGUAUUUAAAACGUUCGGAGUCGAAAACUAUACGAGUGUCAUACACUCCUUUCUCACCUACUUUAUCGUCUGCUCUUUUAUAUAUUAGGAACAAUAUGACGAUUCUGGAAGUACUGCGUGUGAUGGGCCAAGGGGCAAAUGCACAAUUUAGAUUCGGAAAUCGAAAGCCAGGUUCCACUACACCUUUACUCUUUGAACUCGCGGACAAACACCUAAAAGAUUGUGAACGGGAACGAUUCAAACGAAAUCCCGUACCUAACCUGACGGUGAAGAGGUCUUUCAUGGCCAGAAAUACGGGAGAGCUACCCAUAGAAGUCUACGACUUCUACAUAAACGGCCUUCGCUGUGAAGGUUAUGGAUUCCGGGUGUUGAACUGCAUGCCGUUCAGUUUGAAUCCCAACGCGACCAAGAAGAUUGAAAUAGCGUUCACGCCGGACUUCACAUUGUCGCGGAUCGAAAGGAAACUCGUGAUAUCGACGAGUUUAGGGUCAGACAGCGACAUCGAGAACGGUAUGGUAACGCUGAAUUUACUCGCGACUCUUCCCCCGCACUCUUUAGAAGACUGUAGAGCUGCGCUGAUAAGACCAUCCUGGGAAUAUGGUGUUCAAUGGGCGGCCAUCAGCUUGUCGUCCAUCCUGUUAAUAUGCGUGCUAGCGAUUUCGUUUCUGGAAGCGGACAGAGUGUUGAGAGGAGCUCUGGCCAGCUUCACCAGGGAGAGUCCGGUGCAACCACCGUUCGAUUUGAGGCUGCUGUCGCACAUGCCUGUGCACUCGACGCAAGAGAUACCCUUGAAAGAGAAACUGAUGAACGAGGAGAAGCAGAAAGCAGCGAAGAAAGAGGACACGUAUCCGGACUGGGCAUUGAUGAACGUGAAGAAGUACAAGGAAAAAGAGAACUCGCAGAAAGGACUGAAGAUUCCUGACUGGUCCGCGGACGAGGAACGCAGGUUUAAAUUGGACACCGAGACGAAGGACUUGUUGUCCUUCAAACGUUGCGAGGAAUUGUCGUUGGACAACGGUAACAAUGUGAUGAACAAUAUGGCACUUGGAGCUAAGAAAAGGAACAACAAGAAACAGAAUACGGUGCAGGAAGUUCAAACGGAGAAUUGCCUGUCCGAAGCCACGUUCCCGGAUGUUCAAGGGGUGCAGGAGAGGAAGUACACCGUGAACACGUUCAUCAAGUCGAGUCCUGUGACCAAUAGGAAAGGGAAGUCCAAUCAGAUAGGGAACGUUAAGGAGGAAACGAAACUAGUCGAUCACGAGGUUCAGGUCGACACGACGGGGCUGUUGAACAACACUCGAACCGGUAAAUUGGACAGCAAACGGAAACAGUCCACAGUUGGGAAUAACAAUAAUAAUCAUAUGCCGUUCAAGAAAUUCGAGUCCAACAGCAACCACAGGAACGUUCAACUUUCAGAGGAGGAAACGUCCUCCACGACAACGGAGAGUUCUGUUCAAGACGAUCCACCGCCGUGCAAGAACUUUGACCAGCCUUGCGGAAAGUCGGAGAAGUUGCAAAGAAAGCCGGUAACCAAGAAAACCAAACCGCAAUCGAUCACGCCUGUGCCAUGUGUUGACUACAGAGACAAUUACGAGGGCGACUGCGACGACGACGAGUAUGACAAAGAGAGGCACAACAAUCCGAACAGGUGGAAAACGAGCACAACGAGGUCGACCAUAAAACACCACAUCCACUCGUCUCGCACCAUCGAGUCGUCGUGUAAACUACCUCGACAGAACAAGAAUCCUCCUAGGAAAGAUAAAGGAUCUCAGAAGCGUCGUGGCAUGGAAAAAACGCAUGCGAAGGUGACAUCGUUGAACGGGAACACUAGCCAAAGAGAAGACUCAUCGCGGUCGUUGGGUACAGUGUCUGCUCCGUUGCCGCCACCGCCAUCUUGUUGGGGCGAGAACCGAGCGAGGUUUAGCGACGUUGUGGCCAGAAGUCCAGAAAAUAUUUCUCCCUUCUCAAGCUUAAAUAAGUUACACAAACCUCAGACGACCACGCAUACCUUGGUCUUCAGUAACGAUACCAAAGAUAUAGAUUAUAUUAAACAACAGUCAAGUCAAGAGUUGAUGAAGGGCACGAAGGAAUACAGAAUGGUAUCAAACUCUUCACCCCUCUGUGUUCAGUCUGUCGAGGAGAAGUCACUUAGUCAGGAUCCCUUAAAGAUGCAGAAUACAUUGCAGCACUCGAAUAGCUAUUUUAUGAACGCCUUCACAGAACCACCGUUUGAACGGGAACUGGUGCCGUACGAUGAUCUUCCAGAAACAGAUGAACCAUUGAUGGAACUGGAGAGCCCUGAAGAAGAUACGCGAUGUCAGUUAUGGGAAGACAGUAGUCCUGUGUAUAAUUUAUUGUCGGAUAGUACAAGCGGGUUUCCAUUGGAAUCGUCGAAAUCUUCUGAGAAACCUUCCUCAAUGUUGACGGACACUUUAAGGGAUAAUUGGAUGGCAGUUGAAACAAAUUGGGAACCAUUGUACACAAGGGCAGCUGUUGGGGAAGAAAGAAGUUGUGUUUGGGGAGUGAAUACAGGUGGUGUGUGGGCUGCAGGACCAUGGGGAGCUGCCACUCCACCUGUAAAUUCACAACUGUCCUCUUUACCGACAGAACCAGACACACAAGAAAGAUCUGGUUUCGAUCCGUUUCGUUCUCUCAGUACAAUAUGGACACCGUCAUCCACAGAAUCAUGGAAAAAGAAGCACGAAGACUAAUGUUGUUCCCAAAAUUCCCGAUAUUAUGCUUGUGAUAUCGUCGUAGACUUGGUUGAACGAUUUUCUUUUCUAAUACGAAAAGUAAUAACGUAUUUAUUAGCGACACUUUUAUGAUCGAUAACGCUUAAAAGAAACAACUACUGGUUGGUUUUUGUUAUUUUUCAUGUUUUGCGGAUUUGUGAUAUUUUGUUGAAUAGUACCUCGCAUAAUAACACCGAAUAAUUUGUUCGGACAAAAUUGUGACUUGUUAAUCUGUGUUAUUAAUUGAGGCUUGAAUGUGAUAUGUUGAAAUUUUUUCUGUUGGUGCAGGAUCGCACAUCUCCUUUUCUUUUCUCUUCUGUUUUUUCUUUUUUAUAACUUCAAGUUUCAAUGAUGCACCGAAAAUGCGUAACCGAAAUUCGAAGUGAGUUUUAUUCGCAGCAAUUGAAGCACAGAUUAAUCCAGAAGGCAAAUACGUAAAGGUAAAAUAAGAUGUCUGAUUUAUAAAGGUUUUGCCUCUCGGUUCUAUCGUCUUUAUUUCUGUUGUACUUUCUACACAAAACGUAUAUAAAAAGGUGAUCACAAUACUCAGAGAACGUUGGUCUUGGUGUUACACAAAAAAAAAUAAAAAGGUAAUAAUUAAGUUACUUGGAACGAGUGAGAACUGUGAUUUUUAUAGUCUUGACUUGUAGAAAUUUCUUCGGUAAGUUUUCAAAACAUUUUACAAAGUUGUGAUGUAUACAAAACAAAAUAAAAAUGUGUACCUACACUUCAAGACUGGUAAUUGCUGUGUUUUAAUCAUCAUACAUACGCACUUUAUUUGUAUGCAGUAUGAAUAACAUUUUAUGUAACACAUCAGUCAUUUCUCUCACACGUGUACCAUUAAAAAGUGGUUUUCUUUAUAAUCAGUGAUUUUGUUCCAAAGUUAUAUAUCAAUUCUGGCAUUAUGUUAAAUGGCACAUAGAGUAAACUAUAUCACAAUCGUGAUUUGUACUAUACCCUGUUAUUAUAAAAAGUAAAAACCUUAUCACAUUGAAGCAUGGAAAAACUAAUCUGAUUUAUAUAAAAUAUAUAAAAAAUUUGUUUAUUAAAAGUUACAAAAUCGUUUGUCUGCAUCCAGGUUUUUUUGUAGUGUGCAUAAGGCGUGAUUUAGUUUGUUGUAACCUUUGAAGAAGUAACUGAAAACAUGAACGAUAUUAGCGUAACGACUUGUAACAACCGUACACUUGGGUAUAUUUCUUACAUCGAUUUAUAUACUUAUACAUACAAUAUUUUCACUUUCAAUUUUCUUUUGCAAUUUCUUCCUGUUAAUCGCUGAACUGCUUAUUCUGGGUUGUGGUACAUUUUCAUAAAGUAUUUUCUCUUUUGGUUUUUGUUGAGCCAUUAUUUUUCUCAAAAGAAUUUGAUUCUCCCACUCAAUCUUUCUAAGCUCUUCAUCUGUGAAACUCAUAUUUUUUCUUCUGCAUUUCACUGUUUUAAAUGCUACAGUUUUGUCAGAUGCUGAACUUCUGCAACAAAGUGAAUUUAUAUUUUCCCUAUCCGGUAUUGUGCUAUCACAUUUUUCUUCAUCCUCUUCAUUUUCUUCUUCUUCUUCUUCUUCUUCUUCUUCACAGUCACGACCAGUUAUUUUGGGAGUAUAAUUUGAGUCAAUUAAAGUUCUUGAUGUAUUAUUGGUUUCUUCAGAUUCAUCAGAACAGAAUGAUUCAUUACUGUAUAUUGAAUCAUCAUCUGUUGUAGUUUUUGUUAGGUCCAAGUCUUGUUGGACCUCAUUUGGAGUAGUUGAAUCUUGGUCAUAAACAUAUUCCUCAUCGGUAUCUUCUUCAUCCACUUCAUGAAUACUGGGUACAUAAUUGAAAUUAUCUUUAGUUUCAGACAACUGUCCUUGCACUAUUUCAUUCAUCACCAUCAAUGUAUAUUGACACUCGCAAUUAGUUUCCAUUACUUUACAGUGAGAAGGUAAUAAAUUAUUUGUACUGAUAGAGACAAAAAGAAAAAUUAAUAAUUAUACAAAAUUAAAUCUAGAUCAUUUCCAGGUUACAAAAGUGAAGCAAUGGAUACUAUAUGCUUCUGGUUACCAUGUCAACUGUAUCAC